AUUUCCAGCUCCAUCAGCCAGGACUGUUCAAAGUUUCUAGAAAAUCCAAAAAAAAAAAAUAAUAAAAACAAAUUCUUUGUAUUUUGUAAUAAUAUUUUUGAGAGCUAAAUUUUAAGUACAGCAAAAUGGCAGAUCCAGAUGCUCGGGAUGCGGAAACCGUACCGCCACCAAUUGGCGGGGAAAACAAUCUUAACAUGAACAAUGAGCGUUUGGAUUGCGAGAACCUUGAUGAAAUGACUGAGAGAUUGAUUAAUCCGGAUAGGCCAGCAUUUCCAUCAGUACUCCUUCGCUUCUUUGGCAAUAUAUUUGUUGAUUGCUUUAGGGCCAUUUUUGCCUAAAGGAUUUGUUCCGAGAAGAAAACAUGGAUCAUGCUGUGACACAAAACUUUGGCAGAUUAAAUUUUAUAGCUAAUAAAGCUCUUUAUAUAAAAUUUGUAUAA